AAACAAUCUCACCACACACGAUAUAUGCAUCUUACUGACAGCGAUCCCUUGCAGAGGCGGAGAGGGCUAAAGUGUCGACGUUGUUAUUCCAUGCAGUAAUUGUUGAUGAGGUUGAUGAGGUUCCGUUCGAGCAAGGCGAUUGGACCAAACCCGGCGGCUACAGCGGGCGUCACCAAGCGUUUCACGUUUCACGCACAGUCUUGACUCGUUUCACGUCCUAUGAUUUGCCUCGAUAAACUUGAAGAAACAAAGGAACUAUCACAUCCGUCCUCUUUCUUUCCCGGCCUGAUGGGUGAGAAGGCACAUCUUGCGCCGCUUGGCAGGGCAGUGGCUAGAGCUCCAGAAGCGCCCGUCCUCCGCCAAAGUCCUUCCUCCAGGCCAUCCAGAUGGUCCACUCGAAGUUGACCGUGAGUUGAGGAAGAAACAUAUCUAAGGUGCUGCCCCUCCCUGCCACAGUGCCAGUGGUCAAUGCGAGUCCAAAAGGUUUGUUUCCGUUGCUUUGAUUACACUGCCUUUCUACCUGAACAGGCAUACCUUCUCUCUCUCUGUGCGUGGGUGUAUGCUGAAGACGCACCGUGGCGAUGUCUCGCUCAUCAUCAAUAUCGGCCCUGCCAGUGACAUCUCUCAACCUAUUUGCCCUGUUUUUGAUUCUGGACCUUUAUACGCCAUUGGCGUCGGCCCAAUCCAGCAACAGCACUGGCACCGGCACGGAUGACGGCGGCGCAGCGAGCGGCGUCGGACCCGGGGACAUUGGAUCGGGUUCUGGCUCAGACUCACAGAGCUCGACGAACGCCGGGGCCGCGGGCCCAGAUACAGGCGCGGUGAAUCUCAGUCGCGGCGCGACGGUCGCCAUUGCGGUGGUUGUUAGUAUUGUGGUGGUUUUGGGCAUCACCCUUACAGUCCUUUAUUUCCUGGCCAAAAAGAGACACUGGAAAGUCAAAGAAGGCUUACGUCGAUCGGCCCGCAGGGUCGGCAGCGCCGUCAAGUCCGUCACUACACCGAUCACGCCUAAGAGGAUGCAUUUCCCGUCUCAAAGACGAGGACAGGGACAGGGCUUUGCAAGAUAUCCUCUCUCCGGGCGACCCGCAGGCGCCCGACAUACUCGACCGGGCGACGAUGACUUGGAGAAAGGUACCCCAGCCCCGAUUGUCAGAGACUUGAAUGUGGAGAGCGAGCAUGAAAGUGGGAGUGAGAGGGAAGUAGCAGAACCUGGAAAACAAAAUGCGAAGAAGAAGGUUGGCAAUGACGACAAUGCCAACAGUGGCGAAGGUGCGGAAAAACAGAAGCCAAAGCCAAAGCCGCCGGCGGUUAGUAUCCCGUCGUCAUCGUUUGAGUUGGACACAUCGGGCAGUGGCAUUCCCCAGACGCCCAUGUGGAAGAAAGUGUUUGGGAGAUGAGUUGAUGAGCAAGGCUGGACCCUGGAUUCGGGAUGAAGAGGGCGGUGCCAGUGUCAAGGGGGUGCCAUGUGCGAGAGUAUCCGGAAACGACCGAAUGAAAGUACCUAGCACCUAGGUGCCUAGUACUGGGAUUAGGUUCGCUUGUAAUGUGAGAAGAUCAAUGUGCGCAUUUCAUUUCACUUCACAUCAUCGGCAAGGGAUGGCAAACACUCGCAGGGGUUAACAGCGCAUGUUGAGCUGGGCUGAGCCAAGCCAGAAUGUAUCAGAAAUCUCCAGGUAUUCAGCAGUAGACUGAUAUGAAGAUACAGUACUGCCAGUGUACGAACAUUCAUCUGUCCAGCGCUAGUGUGUUUGUUCUAUUUGAUUUGUGAUUUUGUUGGACUACAUAGGUAGCUCAUCAAUAUCAUGCCAAUUACCGAGCC